AUGGGUGGCCGGUGUAGAGUUUCCCAACAAAAUACAAGCGCACACAAAGGCACUAAUGAAAUUGCAAUAAUAUUAAAAGGAGAAACCCAGUUGGCAUCGGCAUGGCAAGUUGACAACGAUGACGACCAGGAUGAUGCGAUUCGAAUCCAGUUGCAUAUCCAUAAUUGCACAUACUCAUGUAUAUUUCGUUAUACACGCCAACUGGGUGUUUUUGCCAACUUCCAUGUUAAUCUGUUUGCAAAAGAUGAUCAUGAUCUCUUGUAA